CCUCCAGUGCCCUUUCAUGCAUUUUUUCAUGCAGAAAAAGUCACCUGAGUAGAACCACCAACGUUCCAUAAGCUAGCAAGCUAGACUAAGCUUCCUCACACGAAAAGGCCAAAACUUUCUGCUGAGAUUCCAACCCCAGUGAUAAGGGGCAAGUGCUUUGAAGUCAACAAUCUAAACCACUCGGCCACACAUAAAUGUCAAUGAUUUCUGAAGUGCUUCUAUUAGAUAACAAACGGUAUGACGGUAAAUCCAGCGGAAACUCCAUAUCACCUCAGGUUAUUACACUGUUACUAAGAAUAGCAAAAUUCAUGUGAGUGAUCGCACAAAUGCAAAAUUUAAUCAUUUUAAGUUUAAUCUUAUAUCAAAGACACAGCUAAAUUGUAUACCUAACAGCCUGAGGCAAAGUUAAAUUGUUUAUGUUAAUAUUCAAAGUAUUUGGACUAUAGAUACUUACGUACAACAUUAAUUCAUAAAGCACAAAUGGUAAUGGCCUGUAACCAUGAAGAAAAAGAAAUUUGAAGGUGGAUUAUCAGUUCAGUUUAGCAGAGCAUUGGAUGAGAUCGGUUUUGGAGAGAACGAAUCUCUGAAGAGGAUUUAUUCUAUGAACAAACUGUCUGAGGCAAAGAAUGUUGCCAACAAACAAACCUCAGGAAAAGGUCACAUUGAAAAAAAAAUUGUUGGGAGUCAAAGUGAUGGAACUGGAUUUCAUCACUUUAAUGACUUAGAUUUUCUUGAAAUUAAUAACAGAGUAUAUGUUUUGUGUAAAUAUGAGAAACAUUGCACAGAAUUUGCAAAUGAAACAGUGAUUUUCCUGGCAGAUGGGAGAAUGACUCCACCUGGAUAUGUUUAUCUCAAACCUUUAAAACGUAAAUGUUGUACAAACGAACAGCUUCAUGAAUACGCCCUUGUUGAAAGGGACAAUGAAACAUAUCUUUCUAGUGAUAAUUAUCUAAGUGAAAAGGAAGAUCUUUCCCAAAACAGCAACAGGUGUGAAGGUCAGAUAAUUCGACAGCUUUCUCGUGCUGGACCUUCCAUUCCAAAACACAUCAAACAGAAUCCUUUAGCAGAAAGGAUUCUGUCGGACUUAAAUUUAAAAGAUACGGACACAGACAUUGUAAGUGCCUUUCCAUGUGAUGCAGGACCCAUAAUGGAAGAAUGGAGCUCGAGGGAAAGAAAAAACGGAUGGCCAAGUAAAGAGACAAUUUCCCAUGUUGCAAAGCUUCAAGCUCAUGUGGUGCCAGUUGGUCAGCGGGGAAGCCAUAAUGAAGACCUCCUAUGGAGAAUUUGCUUCACUCUUGGAGAGCUACAUCUCGUACAAAAUUUCAAUAGCAUCCAAAGAAAAAUAUUCGUGUUGAUGAAGCUAAUAGCAAAACAUUUCCUGAAACCAAUAUGCAAUGACAUAAGUUCUUAUGUCAUUAAAAAUGUCAUGUUUUGGAUUUCAGAAGAAAUUCUUGAAGAAGAGUUUCAUGAAGAAAAUUUUGUAGAAAUAGUUCAAUACGCCCUUAAAUUUUUGUUAAAGGCAGUUAAAACGAAACAAUUACAAAAUUAUAUGAUACCAUCAAGGAAUCUAUUUGAUGGGAAAUUUGAAAACAAUGAUCUUUGCAUCCAAGAGCUUACUGAUGUAAUAUCAAAAUAUAUCAAUAAACAAGAAACACUUCUGCACGAUUUGAAACCGAUCUUCUCCGAUUUGAAAAUGGGACACAAGAUCGAAACUAUCGAGAGAAAAAUUCUAGACUCUUUAUCAACAGACCAGCUUGUAGAAAUGUAUAUGCAAAUGAAUUCUUGUCAAACACCAGAAAGAAUGAUACAUCUUAACAUUCUAUACAAAGCAAUUCCAUUUUGGAACACUGACAUUUCUGGGGAAAUACUGUGUUCCGAGCCUCUAUGUAAAACCAAUAUUAACAACUUUCAAAACCAUAUCUAUCACAACAUCAAUAAUGUUCUAGAAACAUGCCUGAACAAGAGUUCAAGUUUGUCACUAAAUAUGUCAGAUGUCACCAUGACCCAUGGCGACAGGAAUCUCUUUUUGUUUUAUCAUGUAUUUGUGUUUUUACCACACUGCUGUAUGUAAUCUGCUGGAAACUGUCAAAAUAAGUCAUUUUGAUAUGUCAAAAUAAUUCAUUUUGACAGUUUCCAGCAUAUUACAUGCAAUAUUGUGGUAAAAACACAAAUACAUGACAAUUUAAAAAGAUGAUUAAACAAUAUAUGAGCCGCGUCUAGCGAUUUUGGUCCUUGUAGCGUUGCAAAUAUGUCAUAUUUUGAACAUCAACAUCAUUUGUUGUUUGUAAUAUCAAAUCAUUACUUUGCUUUACGCAGGUACGAUAAUUAAGCUGAAAAUUUGAACAUGAUGAUUCAGUGAGAAGGCAAAAAAAAAAAGAUAUAGGCUGAACAUCAGCACAUUUGCCAUGCCAAUAAUGGUCAAAUUAUCAUAAAAUAAUCACCCCUUGAUCAUCAAGAUCAAAAUAACUAUCCAGCACCUGUUAACUAUAAUUAUAAAAUAUAUAAAAGGUAUAUAACUCGCCGUAGCAUAUUCCGUGUUACGGUAAACAUUUUCCUCUUGCAUUUUUUUUUAAAUAAGACUUAUUUUCAUACUUAAACAUGUAAACAUAGCAUAAUAGAUAUAUCUUUCAGUAGCCAUUAAAAACAUUGAGCCAUCUAUCUUUAUUUACGUAAAUGAAUUAUCAAACGUGAUUACCUUAAACUUGCAAGGUUGACAUUUUUUGUGCCACGGAAAUUUCCAAAUCUACCACGAGUAAACAUACGUUAAGUUGCUGGCGAUUUGUAAGAUAGUAUGAUCAAGGGGUGAUUAUUUUAUGAUAAUUUGACCAUUAUUGGCAUGGCAAAUAUGCUGAGAUGAACUACAAGGACCAAAAUCGCUAGACACGGCUUAUAUACCUACAUAUUUUUUAUCUUUGACAGAAGGAAAGAAAAUUGACAUUAAACCCAGUCCCUUUCAAUAAGAAAGGGUCUGGGCUUAAUGUGGGUAUUUUUUUUUUAUAAGAACUUGUAUGUUAGCUGUUACACUUGUACAUCAAGGUGAGGAACGGAGAUCUUCCAGCUUAGGUUGGUCCUUAUGUCUUGAUGAAAUUAUUCAUAAUCAAUUGAAUUAACAAUCUCAAAAACUUGAAAAAUUAAACAUUCCUGUUGAGACUUUUUAUGAAGACAUAAGGGGCAAAGUAGGCCAGAAAGUCUUUGUUCCUGACCCUGGGUAAUCUAGAACAAUAGAACAAAGACAAAAAGUAAAUUCACAUAAAAUCAGGCCCCUAUCAAUUAGGGGCCUGAUUUUAUGUGAAUUCACUUUUCAACUUACUAAGGUUAUAAAUAGUUCCUGACUCUGGUUAUUAUAUAACAAGGUACAAAAAAAGUAAAUUCACAUAAAAUCGGGCCCCUUUCAAAUGAGGAAGGGGCCUGAUUUUAUGUGAAUUCACUUUUAAAAUUUAGUAUAGUUAUAAACUAUCACAUCUGAAAAAUGUCGAGGCCAGGAACAUAUAUCUUCAAGUUAAGUUUUGUCCUCAUGUUUUGAUCAGUAUAACAACCAAAUACUAGUAUAUA